AUGGUUGCUUCUGAUCAUCCCAUUGCUGGGGGAUCGGUGACCGUCAAUGCUGGUGAUGGAUGUGAUCAACCUCUGAAGAAAAUCUUCAUACCUGACUUACUCGCAAGAUGGCCAUUUCCCCGUCGUCUCAAUCAGCACUAUUCCAAAGUCAGUGCUGAAUCAUCUGCUUGGCUUGAAAGCUUUAAAGCCUUCAGUCCCAAAGCACAACACGCCUUCGAUCGCUGCGAUUUCAAUCUUCUUGGAUGUUUAGCCUUCCCCAACGCGAGUGAAGAACACGUUCGCAGCGCUUGCGAUUACUUGAAUCUUGUAUUUGUCAUAGAUGAAUAUUCAGAUGUAUCAGAAGAGGGAGAGGUCCGCAAACAAAAGGAUACCGUCAUGGAUGCUCUGCGUCACCCUCAUGAGCCACGUCCAGAAGGAGAAUGGGUCGCUGGAGCAAUCACUCGCCAAUUCUGGGAACGUACCAUAUGUAACGGCGCUAGUGGUCAGUUACAGAAGCGGUUCAUCGCGAUAAUCGAUGAAUAUCUAGAGGGCGUAGUGCAGCAGGCCAUUGAUCGAAACGGAUGUCAUAUCCGUGAAAUCCAAAGUUACUUUGACGUGCGCCGCAAAACAGAUGGAGUAAUGCCUCUGUUCGUACUGUUGGAGCUGGGUCUCGAUAUCCCAGAUGAAGUAAUUUCGCACACAACAAUUCAUGAUAUGGAGAUAGCAGCCAGUGACAUGAUCACUCUUGCUAAUGAUGUCAUAUCCUACAAUUUAGAGCAAGCACGUGCAGAUGGCGCUUACAAUAUAGUAACACACGUCAUGCACGAGCUCGAUACGAAUGUCAACGGCGCCAUAUUGUGGGUGACAGAUCGCCAUACAAAAACCGAGAAGAAGUACUUCGAGGCCAUGGCAGCCAUUCCGAAAUGGGGAGAGCCCAUCGACUCGCAGGUUAGGGAGUACUGUGAUGGUUUGGGAAACUGGGUGCGCGCCAAUUAUGAUUGGUCCUUCGAGAGCGAGAGGUACCUUGGCACCAACGGUAUGGAAGUCCAACGGAGAAGGUGGAUUUUGCCGAUGCCGAAAGACCACAUGUUGAAAGGCUGUGAAGAGAUUGGACCUGUACUUGUUGGUGUGACCCAUUGA